UACAAUUUUGUGUAGAGUCAUAUUCAUCACUCAUGCCAUACCAUGGCGACCAUUCGAUUUAGAUUUAAAACGAAGAGGUUGUUAAUGGUACGGAUUUGCAAGUUGCAACUAAAUAAGGAGAUACUAGAAAAUUCAAGAAGAAUAAAAUUUGGAAAAGGGAGGGGUCAGUUAUACGUUAAGCUCACGGUUUCCACACAAAAAUGGCGGCUUAUCUGAAUCCCUCGUUGCCGCCUUUUCUCUAUCAUUCUUCUUCCUUCUUCUAUCUAUCCUUCUUUUCAAAUCACUGAUGCGCCAUGAAAACCGUCUGGCCCUCCUCUGCCUCUUCAUCUUCACCUUCAUUCCCUCCUCCCAGCUUCACCACCAACUCUUUCGCCACACCCAGGAGAAAGGUAUUAUGUUAUCAAGGAAUACUUGAGAAAAUAUAUUCAAAAUACUCUUGGAAAUCUACUUCGACUGGUAGAUUUUCGAAGUCAAGAAGUUUAGCAAUUCCCUCCCAUAGGCCAGAAAAGACUGCCUUGUGUGAAAUGAAGAUAAGUAAAUACAAGGUGGAUGAAUGCUUUGACUUUAUUUUUGGAAAGUCAUUAAGUUUUCUUCAAGAAUGGAGCCAAAUACAAUCUGUGGGCAUAGUUGUUAUACUGACGUGCACAUUCAUGUUUAUACCAUCAUCCCAAGCUGUUGAUGCACUAAAAACAUGUACAUGCUUACUUAAGGAGUGCAGGCUUGAACUUGCCAAAUGUAUUUCAAACCCACUAUGUGCUGCCAAUGUUGCUUGUCUCCAAACCUGCAACAAUCGACCUGAUGAGACUGAAUGCCAGAUUAAAUGUGGUGACCUGUUUGAAAACAGUGUGGUGGAUGAAUUUAAUGAAUGUGCAGUAUCACGAAAGAAAUGUGUGCCUAUGAAAUCCGAUGUCGGGGACUUUCCUGUACCCGACCCUUCUGUUCUUGUUAAGAGUUUCAAUAUAUCAGAUUUCAGUGGAAAGUGGUUCAUCACUAGUGGCUUAAAUCCCACUUUUGAUACGUUUGAUUGUCAGUUACAUGAAUUUCAUGUGGACAAUGGCAAACUUGUUGGUAAUAUAACUUGGAGAAUACGUACUCCAGAUAGUGGUUUUUUCACUCGAUCAACUAUACAGAGAUUUGUGCAAGAUCCUGACAGUCCUGGCAUACUCUACAACCAUAACAAUGAAUAUCUUCACUAUGAGGAUGACUGGUAUAUUCUAUCAAGCAAGGUGGAGAACAAACCAGACGAUUACAUUUUCGUAUACUAUCGUGGUCGAAACGAUGCUUGGGAUGGCUAUGGAGGAGCCGUUGUAUACACAAGAAGUGCUGUACUGCCAGAAAGCAUAGUUCCUGAGCUGGAAAGGGCAGCUAACAGUGUAGGGAGAGACUUCAACAAGUUUAUAAGAACGGACAAUUCAUGUGGUCCUGAGCCACCACUUGUAGAAAGGCUAGAGAAGACAUUGGAAAGUGGAGAAAAAACGAUCGUAAGGGAAGUUGAACAGAUUGAACAAGAGGUGGAGAAGGAAGUUGAAGAGAUUGAAAAAGAGGUGGAGAAAGUAGGGAAGACUGAGAUGUCAUUGAUUGAGAAGUUGGGAGAGGGUCUUAAAGAACUUCAACAGGAUGAGGAAUUUUUUCUUAGAGAAUUAUCAAAAGAAGAGGCUGAUCUUCUGAAUGAGCUUAAAAUGGAAGCAAAUGAGGUUGAGAAUUUGUUUGGAAGAGCACUUGCUCUUAGAAAACUAAGAUAAAAGAAUUUGAUAUUAUAAUACUUCUCACAUUAUUAAUUAAAACCAUGUUCUCUAAUUACAUCAAUUUUUUAAUCUUGAAGGCUUUCAUCUGUA